CCCCUCACUCUCCUCUACCUCCUCCCAUCCACCAAACCUCCGCGAAAGGGUGUGCUUUUUGAAGGUUGUAUGAAGCUAAACACUCCUGCAAGGCUUGACAGCCUGGGAGAAGCAUCUGAAGCCAGGGAGCAGCGCGCCCCUUAGUCUUCGCCUCUCAGUGCCGAGAACCCGACUGAGGUCUGAGGUCUGAGGUCCUGUCCCCCGCUGGAAGAAAAAAUGCCGCGUACACGGACAUUUAUAUAAAAAGUUGAAAUGCACAGGUUGCACAGUAAAAUGCAAUGUGGGAUCUGUGUGGUUUCUUUUCAAGGUUAGUACCCGAGCACCGCCGCCUCACAGACCAGCUUCUUGGGCUGUCGGAUGGGGGGAUGCCGCUCUGUCUCGCUCGCCUCCAGCAUCAACAAUGACAUCUUUCACCGACGAGGACAUUGAUAGUCACUGACACAGGAACGGACAAACUUGUGAAACACUGGUGUAAAAUCCCAAAUAGGAUACUUUACAUGCACUACUGCAUGUUCUGGUGUGAAAAGAGACUGUAGUAUCUUGGAUUUCCUGCUUUUUCCGAGGGCCCGUGUCGGUGUGACACUUCACCUGGCUACAGGCAACAACGCUGAAGACGAGCUAGCUAACGAUAAUGGAUGUUUGGGUCGACCCGACUCUUAAGGUCGAAAUGUUAAAUGGUUGUAUAGUUGGUCAACCCAACAGCACAGAGUUGUAAGUUAACCAACUUCCUUGAACUUGCUGGCUUUUCAAGUGGACUUUUAUUAGAAGCUCUCGGGUUUUAUCGCCUUUAUUGCUGAACAACAUGCCUUCGAGGACGGGUUCGCACAGCCCCACCGGCUUCGGUAGGGGUUUACCGGAGCGGGGACUGCUGCUCCUGGCGGUCCUGGUGCUUCUGGAGGGGUCUGUGCUGCCCCUCGGAGCCGCCAGCUCCCCGGAUAUCAGCCAUCAGGCAAAUUCGGACAGUCACAAAAAGGCGGACGGAGGGCACAACAUCACCAAAAAAGCUUUCCCUGUGCUUAGCCUCGACUACCAGCACAUACAUAUCCCCUUUGAAAUUUCAUUAUGGGUGCUCCUCGCCUCUUUAAUGAAACUAGGGUUCCACAUGAUUCCUCGUCUGUCCAGCAUUGUGCCAGAAAGCUGCCUGUUGAUCGUGGUGGGCCUGCUGGUGGGGGGGCUCAUCAAACUAGCUGGAGAGAAGGUCCCACCUGUGCUGAACACCCAAUUGUUCUUCCUCAUUCUGCUGCCCCCCAUCAUCCUAGAUGCUGGCUACUUCCUGCCUAUCCGCCCCUUCAUGGAGAACCUGGGCACGAUUCUGAUGUUUGCUGUUGUGGGGACUCUGUGGAACGCCUUCUUCAUCGGCGGCCUGCUGUAUGCUGUGACUCAGAUCCAGCCAGCCAACCCGUCGGACCUCCACUCCCUAGAGCUCCUGCCUUGCCUGCUGUUUGGCGCCAUCAUUUCAGCUGUGGAUCCUGUUGCUGUGCUUGCUGUGUUUGAGGAGAUCCACAUCAAUGAACUGCUGCACAUCCUGGUGUUUGGUGAAUCGCUGCUCAAUGAUGCUGUCACUGUGGUGCUAUACCACCUUUUUGAGGAGUUCUCAAGUGAAGGCACGGUAACUGUGAUGGACGGCUUCCUUGGACUCAUUUCCUUUCUGGUGGUUGCGUUGGGCGGUGUUCUAGUCGGAGCUAUCUAUGGGAUCCUGGCUGCCUUCACUUCACGCUUCACCUCCCACAUGCGUGUCAUCGAGCCACUUUUUGUCUUUGUGUACAGCUACAUGGCAUACCUGUCAUCUGAGCUGUUCCACCUCUCUGGCAUCAUGGCGUUAAUAGCAUGUGGGGCAGUGAUGCGGCCUUAUGUGGAGGCCAAUAUAUCUCACAAAUCUCACACCACUAUCAAGUACUUCCUGAAGAUGUGGAGCAGCGUUAGCGAGACAUUAAUCUUCAUCUUUCUGGGAGUUGUCACAGUGGACGGGCCUCACUCCUGGAACUGGACCUUCGUCGUUGUAACGGUCAUUCUGUGUCUGGUGGCGCGGGUUAUAGGUGUGAUUGGUCUGACCUUCGUCAUUAACAAGUUCCGCAUUGUCAAGUUGACCACCAAGGAUCAGUUCAUCAUAGCCUACGGUGGCCUGCGAGGUGCCAUCGCCUUCUCCCUCGGCUUCCUGCUGGAAAAGAACCAUUUUCCUAAGAGAGAGAUGUUUCUCACUGCCAUCAUCACUGUUAUCUUCUUCACUGUCUUUGUUCAGGGCAUGACCAUCAAACCCCUGGUGGAGCUGCUGGCAGUGAAGAAGAAACAGGAGGCCAAGCGCUCCAUUAACGAGGAGAUCCACACUCAGUUCCUGGACCACCUACUGACUGGCAUCGAAGACAUCUGUGGACACUAUGGUCAUCAUCACUGGAAGGACAAACUGAAUCGCUUCAACAAGAAGUAUGUGAAGAAGUGCCUGAUUGCAGGUGAACGCUCAAAGGAGCCACAGCUCAUUGCCUUCUACCACAAAAUGGAGAUGAAACAGGCCAUUGAGUUGGUGGAGAGUGGAGGGGGAGCCAAGCUUCCUUCUUCUAUGCCUUCCACUGUGUCCAUGCAGAACAUCCAGCCCAAGAAACCUCCUCCUGCCAAGUCUGCAGACAGAACUCUGCUACAGAUACCUAAAGGCCGAGAAGAGGAGAUCAGGAAGAUCCUCAGGAGUAACCUCCAGAGGACACGCCAGAGGCUGCACUCCUACAACAGACACACUCUGGUGGCUGAUCCAUAUGAGGAUGGGUUUAGUGACAUUAUUAAGAAGCGAAGGCUGAUGGAGCUGGAGAAGAAGAUAAAAGAGAUGAGUAACUACUUGACGGUGCCUGCUGCUGCUUCUGACUCUCCGACUAUGCAUCGAGCCAGACUGUCCUCAGGCAGAGAUACUGAUUUCAAACCUGCUCAGCAGCAGAAAGGAAACAAAAGUUGUCCAGACCCACAAAGCUACGGUGUGAAGCCAGCGACAGACAAUGUACCGACCAUCCAGGUGGACCUGGCAUCUCCUCAGUCUCCAGACUCUGUCAAUGUGAUGGAUGAGUUUGGCCGAGGCGACCAGGAGGAGGACCAGGGCCUGAUGAUGAAGCCUCCCUCUGGGCAUAAAAAGCCAGGUGAGGCAGAAGGAGCCAGAGAACAGCAGAAGCUUACAAGGUGCCUGAGCGACCCUGGUCCCGGCGGGGAUGAGGACGAGGACGAACCCUUCCUGCCUUAAUACGGCAGAUCUGAUGUGGAGGGGUCAGGCCGCUUGCCCGUCUGCACUGGUUAGGAGAGAGGGUGCUGUGCUGUGCUCUAAAUGAUCUCUUUGGUUCAGAAACCAACCAAGCCAAAACUGUUAAUGCUGUAUACCUAUAAACAAAAAGGAAACUGACUGCCUGGGAAGGAAAAAAGAGCCAUUAGUUUAUUUCAUUGCUUUUAUGUUUUUUACAAGGCAUUGGAGCAGCAAUCGCUGCUGUCUGAGAGAUAUUGGUCUAUAAGCUCAGUAGUUAGACGUUCAGGAAAGAACUAUGCAUUACCAAAGGUCCAAGAUGUUUUGGUGUCAGGUAGUGUCAUUUUUACUUUAGUGUCAGAUGUUUUUCUUAAUGAUUGCAGGGUUGUUUAUUUUAUAUUUGUUUCUUAUUUUACAACUUUUCUGUCUUUAAAGCAGUGUUCUCUGAGACAUGCUGGGCCUCGACAGUAGUCCGAAGUGUAAUCACCAGGGCAAACGUUGGCACUUUUCAUUCUGUCACUUGAGAUAGCUGGGUAUCCAAACAUUUAGUGUAGCUCCACUAGUUGAAAGUAUUUAGCCUUAUUUAUGUCAAAUCUUGUCACUUGCUGCAUUUUUAACUCUUCUUUUUAAUGCAUUUUGAUUUCAGGGGUAAUGGGUUUUGGUUGUGGUGUUUAUGGGAUGUAGGUUAAAGCUGGAUGCAUUUAGUCUCUGUAAAAGAGCUACAGUUGUUUCUAAUCGUGCUUACAGACUCACAGCCUUGACCUGUGGCUGUGGAGGGAGCUGUGUGGAUUUGAAAAACUCCUCACUGUUGAUUAAAGAGUUUUUGAUCCAUACAUGUGGAGUGAAGCUGGGUGUGUGGGAACCUUAUGAGACAGGCAGUGAUGCAGCACAGAUGUUUUGAUGUCAGCCAUCAUGCAUGAUUCCCCUUCCAAGUCUUCUGGAGUUAAAUCACCUCAUGUCAUGUCACAUUUCUUUGUAGAUAUUUAAUGUUUUACACUUGUUAAAGCUCAGUCACGGUGGAGUGGAGUUGUUCGUUGUCUUCCGUCAUAAGUAGUGAACAAGUGCCCGUCACAACACUCAUCAUCUUCACACUGCUCUUGUUUCAAACUUUUAGACCACAUGACCUCAUUUUUAAUUUAUCAGAUAUACUGUAAAUACCUGCAUUGUUCAUUUUUACAAGAACUAUUUGUGCCCUGCAUUACUCCUUAGCAAGGUAGAGAACACGACAAGAGAAGGUCCAUUGGUACAUGAAUUGAUCCUCUUCUCUUAACCUUCUGGAAAUCUAAGACUGGAAGCAUGUCCUGGCAAAAAAAAAAAAAAAAAUUCUAUGCAGUAUGGGUCUGUAAGAUAUGUACAUUAAUCAUAAUAUCCUAUAUUUAUGAAUACCCUUUAAAACUGAAGUCUUAAUUAAGUUAAACAUGUAAAACAACGAGGCGAACCAGUGCUAAUGUCACUGCUGAAAUCAAACGUGGGCAUUAAAAUAUACAGUCAAAAUUAUUUGUUCUAAUUUUUUGCACAUCUUGUGUGAGACUUGAGUGAGUUAGCUACAGGCAUGACAACAUAGUCCAGAGUUUCUAUUCAUUCUCUCCUGUGCUGUAUUGUACAGUGUGCAUGGUAGCCAGUAUAAAGUACAUUGCAUGUCUCUUUUCAGAAGCCGCUCAGUGACUUGGAAUAUAGCAUUUAAAUUGUUGAUUGUCUCGCAAAGUGCCGCACAUCGACAUAACAGUUAAAACCCAUGAGUGUGUCUUUCACCCGUGUUUAACAUCACAUGACUUCACUGGCCGUUCCGUCAUAGCUAACAUCCACAGAGCGAAGUUUGUCUCUGAAACACAGUCUGCCUUGAGUGAAUCACUUCCCGGGAUGUUUUCUAGGUGUUAGUGAAUCCUUCCUGAUCCUCUUACUGGGAGGGCGCGCGUUGCCGUUGAGGGCAAAAAGCUGACGAUCCUGUCAGCCUCGUUCUUUCUUUUUAUAGCCUCUGUGUCACAUAGUGUGGGUGAUAGGACAUUUUGUGUGCACACAUGCACCUGCACUAUGGUAGAGUGUUUUCACUUAGUGUUAAUUUUUUUUUUUGUUCAUUGUGUUUUUUGCCCCUGACACUUUUAUUAACACAGUUUUAAUUGCAGAAAAGAGUGUUGAUGGGUCAAACCUUAAAGGAUCUAAUUACCAUGUCUUGACUGAGUUGAAUUUCUGAUAAAAUGUGUAUGCGUGUGUAAGACAGUGUCGUAAGCGAGGAGUGUGCUGACAGUGUCAAAAGGGACGGGGUCAAACUGAGACAGGUUGUUAAAAAAUUUGCACGCAGCAUUAAAUGUAUUCUAAAAUCGGUAAAAACUGUGGAAAGAAGCCCUGAGACAUGUUUCUCUCCGUUUUCCAGAUGCUCUAUGGCUUGGUCGACAUUUAAAGGCGAUGUUAGGCGCUGUAUUUUCAUAUCAAAAUGGAAACCACAGUUACCUUUGCUUGCAAAUGUGAUUAAAAUAAAGGAGGAAAAAACAAUGAUUUAAAUUAAAACGAUGCAUAAAACAGCCGCCCUAUAUCCCUGGCUACAUCAUAUUAUUCCAAAGACUUUUCAUUUUUCAAAAAGAAACUAUUUUCAUACUUUUCUGUUUCAUAAUAAAUGCAACUUUGUGGGGCAAACAUUCUCACACUUCUUGGAGGGAAAUGUUUGGUGCAGAAAAUAACCUUAAUCUGAAGCCAUACAGCCUAUAGAAGAACCUGUGCAGCUCUCUUUAUUUGCCUUUGUUUCUCUCAAUGCACAAAGCAAACAAAACCUUUACAUUCGAGUCACUCGUGUCUUCUUUGGCUGUCGUUUUAAAUGUGCGCUUUUUGUUCUCAGUUUAAAUUUUCCACACUGGAUGUUUUUCUAUGGGGUGAGUGAUGAUAAGUUGUGGACUGUUUGGGACUGAGUUACAAUGUCAACACUGUUGCCACAGCAGCAUUCGGCUUUGUGGUCUUUGUUCUUUACAUCUCUGUGUGUGUUAAAAUCCUUCGUGUGUUCAGUUGCUUUAUUGUACAAAGUUUUUUUUUUUUUUGUUUGUUUGUUUUUUAAUUGGCUGUACAGGGAUAUCCAAAUCCCUUGUUGUUAAUGUCAAGAGCUUUAUCUGGAUUCAUGUGCAUUACAUUACUCCAUGUGCUUUACAGAUGUUUUUAGGCUUCACUGUGGGUUUUUCCAUUGUAUGUUUACCUUCAUAAGCAUCUCACUCUAAGUUUAAACUGGACCAAGUUCUUGCUCCACAAAGCAAUGAGCUGAAUUUAUAGCCAUAUACUGGCUUAUCAGAUUCACUGCUCCUAAAUUUAGUUUCACUGGGGAGAAGUGAUGUGAAGGCAUCAAUUACAAUCAGCCUCACAAGCUGACAAGUUGCUUUUUACCUUAAUGCCAUGCUGGUGUUUUUUUGCAUGUUUUUGAUUUUUCUUCAGUCCAGGCUGCCAUCAGUCUCCAUUCUUCCCCUACAACAUAAACCUCUCUUUUGUAAUUCAAGUUUUUAAUUAGGCUUUCCCCAAGAUGUAACAUGCAACAUGCUGUGUGUGUAAAGAGUCGGGACUUGCUUCAGAUUCCAUCACCAUUAACAUCAGGUUUAAAGUCAGGUGCAGUUUUCUAGUAGUAAUUAUUUUAGCUGUGUAGUAAUUAAUCAACUUGCAACUGCAGUGCCAUGCAGCACUAUGAUGCAUAUAUACUAAUGGCUGUCCCUGGAUUUUCACUAUAUGAGCUAAAACAUGCAAAAGCACUAGUAUGUUCCUUUAGUAUUUUAACAUGAGAUCAGUCCAACAUCUGUAGAAGAAAACUGUCAUUUAUAAAGGCUGUAAUCACAGUGUGAUGCACAUUUGUGCGUCAGUAACAUAAUGACCCCGUAGCAUCAUUAUUCACCCACCCAAAGACAGUUUUCCUCCCUUGUUUCUCCUUGCAUUUGCCUAAUCCUGCUCCUUGUGUACUCUUUUUACACUACACCAAGCACUUUAACAAGGUAGUACCUUUAUAUCACACCCCAACAUGAGAGAGAGCAAUAAGUGGUCUUAAUGUAGAGUGUGCGGUGUUAUCAGGUGACACAUCACAGGGAAAAGGAUUGUACUUUAUAACGGACCUUAUAAACAGGGGUGGGUUUGGUGUUUUUAGUCCUAAAACAGAUGUUGGGAUCUUAAAUCUUAGUCAAUGCUGUGCUUUGACAUGACAGCAGAGCGGUUUAUAGUUCCCUUUUAUCAUGUAUAUUUGGUUUGGAUAAUCAUCAUGUAUUUUUAAUUUAUGUCAGUCCAUUAUUUACUGUUUUGCAAAUGUAUAUUUUGCAAGAAAUCAGAGUUUAUUUUCUAUACACAUGAAGAGAAAUAUAUGCAUAAAAGGAAGAACGCAUAUUGGGAAUUUAUUAUGUUGUACAAAUCAGAAUCUGAAAGACAGCAGGUGUGCACUUUCUUGUUGAUUAAUCUUUAGCUUUCAGCAUCCCAUCCCUGUACUGACCAGUGAAACUACCAACCAGAGAUGAAACUAUAAACCAAAAUAAAGUUUUUCUUUAUAGCA